GGGUAGGGGUUUGAAUUGAUAAACCUCGAAAGGUUUAUGGCAUUUGAAAGGCAGAAAAUGCAAGAGAGAGAGAGAGUUUGGUAAAUUAAUGGGUUUUGUUGGUUGGUUUUGGGCUUUUGGGACGAUCCCGAUUCUCAAGCUCCCUCCCAUGACCGCUUUUGCCGCUCACCCGGUCGUGUCAUGCAACCCUAUAUGAUGGGUAGGGUUAAGCUAAAGAUCAAAAAAUUGGAGAACACAAAUGGCCGUCAAGCGACCUAUGGCAAAAGGAAACAUGGCAUCAUGAAGAAGGCUAAGGAGUUAUCCAUUCUAUGCGACAUAGACAUUAUCCUUCUCAUGUUCUCACCGACAGGCAAGCCCUCAAUAUGCAAAGGAAAGAAGAGUAUUGAAGAAGUCAUUGCAAAAUUUGCUCAUUUAACACCUCAAGAAAGGGCAAAGAGGAAGUUAGAAAGCCUUGAAGCGUUAAAGAAAACUUUUAAGAAGUUGGACCAUGAUGUUAACAUACCUGAAUUUCUGGGUACAAGUUCUCAAACAACAGAGGACUUGUCGAACCAAUCAAGGUUAUUGCAGAAUCAACUUUCUGAAGCACACAAGAGACUGAGCUAUUGGAGUAAUCCAGAUAAGAUUAACAGCAUAGAACAUCUGGGUCAAUUGGAAAAUUCACUCAGGGAAUCACUUAAUCAAAUUCGAGCACAUAAGGAAUAUUUAGGGAAACAACAAUUUAUGUCACUAGAAUGCAAUAGUCAGUUCCAAAAUGGGAUGCAGUUACCUUUCAGAAUGGGUGCUGAGCAGCAGCUCCCACCAAUGCCAUGGAUUCCUAAUAAUGACAAUCAACAGAUCGUGUUACCAGAUGAUCCAAAUCUACUCCCUCAUAGGGAUGUCGAGUGUUCUGCAAGUUCCUCCUUUGGGAGCUAUUCUGGUUACUUUGGAACAGGAAAAAGUUCAGAGCUAUCUAAUUCCAGUCAAGAAAAUGGUGUGAGUGGCAUUCUGAAUGAAUUGAGUGGAACUGCAUCACUGAGGUUGCAGUUGGCUGGGCAGUAUCCUUACUUGCCAUACAAUUUGAAUUUGCUGAAUGAUACAAAAUUCCAACCUGCAGCGGAGAUGAACCUACAAGAAAGCCCUGUAGAUUUUCAUGUUAAUGGAAGUUAUGAAGCUCCCAAACCUGGGUAUGACACCACCCCUGGUAGUUGGGCUUCUUCAUCAGGACCAUGUGCGGUUACCAUGUUUGAUGAGCAUUUGUAUUCCCGGAAAGAUCUUCAAUACGGGAGCCACAAUGAAGAAUAUUACUGAAUUACCUGAGCAGUCGCUUCAUUUGGGCUCAUGGGAAGUGUGAUUGUCUCAUGAACUAGGAUAUCACAUGAUCUUAAGCAACCCAACUGAGCUUCAUGGAUGAUAUUACUGUUCAGCCCCUGAUCAAGUAGCUAGAUAGCUUGGCCGCAUUUUACACGAAAGAUUACAUAUCCCACCAAAUGAAGCUGCUGAAAUUGCAGUUGGAAUUUUAGGCAUGCAAAUGUGAGAAGCAGCCAUUGAGAUAUAUACAUAAUUAUGUUUGGCAUGAUAACAACAGCAUAGGAAUGCCCUGACGUUAGAAAGAGAAUGGUGCCCGACUCCGACUCCAUCGAACCAGGCAGGCAUCCACUUUUGUGAGAUUACAGUAUCUUCUGUAUACAAACUACAUAUAUAAAUAGUAGGUUUUGCGGAGUUAAAUCUUGUUUUUUC